GACAUAAAACAGUUGUCAUUUCCAAUAACAUAAAAUUAGAAUUAACCAAACUUUAAAACUUUGCCCAUUGUGCUGCCAGGGAAUCGUAUUCCAGCAGGACCAGCUGUGCUGAAAAAUGUCAUUCACUGAAGUAUUGGCCAUUACUGGGGGACUUACAGUUGUUUUCCAGCUGCUGAAACUGGCCUGGAGAUGUUGGUGUGGACUCAGGGAGUUUGUUUUGUCAGAACACUGGCAAGUGGAUUUAAGGACAUUUGGGCAAUGGGCAGUCGUCACUGGUGCCACAUCUGGCAUUGGUAAAGCUUAUGCCAGUGAGCUGGCACGAAGAGGCCUGGAUGUUGUCUUGGUGAGCAGAUCUGCUGAUAAACUUCAAAUGGUCGCCAGAGAAAUAGAGGAUCAGUAUGGACGAAAGACUCGCACCAUCCAAGUGGACUUCACAGAUGGCCACAGUAUUUACCCUGCUAUAGCUGAGGCACUGCAAGGCCUGGAGAUUGGAAUUCUGGUCAACAAUGUAGGAAUGACCUAUUCUGAUAAUUUUUCAUAUUUCCUGGAAGUACCAGAUGCUGAACGGAAAAUCACUCAGGUUAUCAACUGUAACAUGCUGUCUGUCCCUCAGAUGACCAGACUGGUUCUUCCAGGCAUGAUUGAAAGAGAGACGGGGCUGAUCAUCAAUAUGUCCUCCAUGGUGGGUACCAGUCCACAGCCUUUAUUGUCCCUUUACUCCUCCACCAAGAUUUUUGUAUCAUAUUUCUCUCAGUGUCUGCAUGCUGAGUACAAGGCAAAGGGGAUUACUGUUCAGUGUGUGGCCCCCUUAAUGGUGUCCACCAACAUGACAAUGAACAAGAAAGUCAACUGCUUUGUGAAAAGUGCCUCGGGGUUCGCCCGUGAAGCCCUGAAUACUGUGGGUCACUCCAGCUACACCAGUGGCUGCCUGUCCCAUGCACUCCAGACCGUGGCUAUCUCAAUACUCCUGCCAGACUGGCUGCGUAUGUCGUCGUUCCUCAUCAAGAAGCUACGAAACCUCGCAAAGGUGACUGAAGCAAAGCAAAAGCAGAAACUCAGAGAAAAAGAGGAGUAAUCGUCACCUGCCUGCAU